CGAGAGUAGCCAGCCAGGUUCCGGUCUUUUUCAUCUUCGCCAUAGUAGAGAUGGCCGUCGGUAAAAAUAAGGGCCUGUCUAAAGGCGGGAAGAAGGGUGUGAAGAAGAAGAUUGUUGACCCGUUCACGCGCAAAGAUUGGUACGAUGUCAAGGCGCCGGCCAUGUACGCCGUCAGGAACAUCGGCAAAACUUUUGUCAACCGCACGCAAGGCACAAAGAUUGCGUCUGAAGGGCUGAAGGGACGUGUGUUCGAAGUCUCGCAAGCCGAUUUGACAAACGGAGAGGAUGCUUUCCGGAAAUUCCGCCUCAUCGCCGAGGAAGUGCAGGGGCGCAAUGUGUUGACCAACUUCCAUGGAAUGGACCUGACCACUGACAAGCUUCGUUCCAUGGUCAAGAAAUGGCAGACUUUGAUUGAGGCCACAGUUGAUGUGCGGACGACUGAUGGCUACCUCCUGCGCAUGUUCUGCAUUGGUUUCACAAAGAAGUGCGCCAACCAGCUGAAGAAGACAUGCUAUGCACAGCACAACCAGGUACGCCUCAUUAGGAAGAAAAUGACUGAGAUGAUGAUACAGGAGGUGUCUUCCACCAGUCUGAAGGAGGUCGUCAACAAGCUUAUUCCUGGAAGCAUUGGCAAGGACAUCGAAAAGAGCUGCCAACACAUCUACCCUCUGCAUGAUGUGCUCAUCCGCAAAGUGAAGGUGCUCAAGAAGCCUAAAUUUGAAUUGGGCAAGCUCCUGGAACUGCACGGAGAAGGUUCUGGCAAAGGUGGUGCUAGUGCAACUGCAUCUGCCGCCAAAGGCGAAGAAGGCGUGAAAGUGGAUAGACCAGAGGGCUAUGAGCCCCCUGUGCUUGAAACAGUCUGAGCACAUUUGAAUAAAUGACCAUGAACACACA